CCUCCUCCAAUUGGACCGAGAUAAGUCUCGUUUGAUUUCAACGACGAUAGAGGAAAAAGUGGAGUUUAAUUGAAAAAAAAAAAAAAGGAAGGAAAUACAUCUUUCCGUUCUAUUUUUGGAGCAAGUGUGUUUUUACCAAGGGUCGAGGUUAAUUUCGAAGUUUAUCCGUCUAAUAAACAGGAUCGUAAAGGACGGACAAGAGAACCAUCGACGAAACGUUCGUUAAAUCGUCAAAUUGUUCGUAAAGAAGAAAAAGGAAUCGUUCAUCUAAAAAUUCUGAAACUUGACAACUCGAUUAUGAAAAUUCAUAAAUCGAUUCGAACGAAGCGGCACGAAAAGGGCCGUCGAUUUAUUUGCGUCGAAUUCUAUCGUUUGGCGGGGAUCGAAUAGCGCGAAUUUUGUCGCGCAGUUUUUCGAGGCAGCGAGGAAACGAUCAUUAGCAUUCCGCGCGAUCAUUUCUUUAAAUAGACGUUCGAAGGAUAACGGACGUUCCCUUUCUUCCAUUUUCUUCCAUGCCGGAGGAAUCCUCGUCACGCGAUAAAAAUAAGCAUCUUUUCGAAGAUUCCUUUUUUCCCUUCCUUUUUCCUCUUUCUCCUUUUCUCUCUGGAAUGGAACCGAUCUCGUCGGGAAUCGUCGCGAUCUCGUGAUAGAAAGAAACGUGGAUGUUAUGUAAUUUAUUACGCUAAACGGGGAGUUUCGGUUUCGUGGCGCCUGCUCACCUUUCGCUUUUAGACGCGUUCAUCUGUGAACUUUAGAGAGAAAAAUUAUCAUUUUGCGGCGUAAUCCUUGAUUCUUGAACGACACGUAAACAGGGACAAUUGGUUUGAUCUAAAUGCAUCCCUCGAUCCAAGGAUCAAGAAUCACUUGCUCCUCCUCCUGUUGUUGUUUGCUAAUUUGAGUUGAUCGCUGGUUCGAGGAUCUGUUCGAGGGAGUAACGAAGACGGAUCCGUACACAGCCGUGAAUUUUCUCGUUGAUGGAGAAAUAAAACACUUUUCUCCGAUUAUCGAACGUGUUCGAAAUAUUCCAUCUUCAUUUAUCUCGCGAUUUUGCCAAAUGGAUACCGGUAACAUUUGAUUAAUCGAAUAAUGGAAGUGCAGGCAACGACGAGUGUACGACGAACGAGUCGCUUCUGCUCCGCAAAGGGCAAAUUCCUGCGGCUGGAUUUAACGAUAAACGCCGAUCCGAGGAGCCGGUUCGCCGUUUCGUUUCACAAUGAAAUUUCGAUACGUGUUCGUGACGUGUUCGCAGAACCGAUGUGCCAACCAGAAACGCGAGAUAGACGAUUUCACUUUUUUUUUCCGAACUCGAACCGUCAAUUUUUCGAAAUCCGCUCGUCCGAAUAAAUUUUUCUUCCCUCCUCUCUCUCUCUCUCUCUCUACAUUACAUUUCACAGCAGAGUUGCAGCGCGACCUUCACCUUGUUGCGUUUCUCUUCUCUUCUUCGAAAUUCCUCGAAAUAUUGCCUUUCAUCCAAUCGCGACCAACGCAAAUCGAUCUACGAUUCGAGAAAACAAUCGUGCGCUCCAUUCAUCGUCGUCCAAUUGAGAGAUCGUCGCGAAUCUCUCUCCUCCCUUUCCAGAAGAGGCAGCCGGUUAUUAAAUCGGCAAAGGGUAAAUUCCAUCCGGUCGGAGUCGUUGCUGGCAUUUCGAGCGCGUUAUCUCCCGCCCUGAGGAUCGCUUCUCAACAAUUUCCUUCGUUUCAACUUGCGCGUUCUUUUCCCCCGAAUUGUCCAAGGAUCGCGGUGGGUGUCUUAUCGAGGCGGAUAUCUUCUUAUCUUACAUCGCGCGAGUGAUACUUGGAUUUUUCCGAGCGUGUAAUUCGCUGGAGACUCGAGGGGACGGGAAGAGCGGGGAGAGGGGAGGGGAGGAGCGUCGCCUCGAGUGUCUGAAGGUGGAUCGUUAGUUUGGUCCGUGUAACGGCGAGAGGGAGGAUCGAAUUAGGAAGAGGAUCGCAGUCACGUUGCAUCCACGAACGAGUGCAUCCGAGCACGUUUCACUUUCGUGUACCGGUGUACGGAAAACACGAAGCGUAUUUUCUCCGUUACGUAAAAAUCUUCGUUUUUCCUCCAACCAUUGUCGCUCGAAAAUUCGAAAAUCAGAAAUCUCUUCCAAAGUCGAUCGUUUCGGAUCUUGGAGGGCUCGUUCCCAAAACCCACGAACUGACGAAUAUUAGCCUCUUCGUCGACCGAUUGACCGAAGGAGAAAAACCAAAUCGUUUAAUCGUCGACGCCAAUUCCUCCCCUUAAUUAUAGGGAAUAUCCACGCGAUCGUUUCAAUUUUGAUCUCGAAAAAGAGAAGAAACACAGAGAGUCGUUUCCAAACGAAAUUGGCGAGCUACGCCAUUGCAUCCUGGGAGGCAAGCGAGGCGACGACGAUCGGCACACGAUCGUUGGAAUCGAAAGAGGGGUACGCCGAACGUGGGGUACGCCGAUCGUGGUGGUGGAAAUAUAAGGCGCGACGAGUGGCGGGCCUCGGUCAGUCCGUGAACGGUAACCCACGCCUUCGAACUCCGCGUCCUUGAAGCGAAACUCGUCCUCGAUCCACCUCGGAGACAUACACACGCACACAGAGAGAGAGAGAGAGAAAGAAAGAGAGCCCUCCUCCCCCCUCCCGGAUUCGAAAGAAGAAGUGGAAUACUCGCGAGAUCUCGCUUCGAUCUUCGGUGUGUCCCAGUCCUUGGAGAGUUGUUCCAGAGAUUAAAGGUCCGUCGAGGAUUGGCCAGAGAGAGAGAGAGAGAGAGAGGGAGAGAGAGGAAGAAAGAGAGAGAGAGAGUGAGAAGGAAAGGCGAGCCGAAAUAAACGAUAGACCUCCUCCGAUCGCGGGACAGAUCGGGAACCGGAAGCGCUUUCGACGAGGAUGAGGUCCUCGCUGGUGCUGCUGUUCCUGGCGGCCAUUGUUUUCGCCGAGGGCUCGAGUCGCGUGAAGCGGCAAGAGGACAAGAAGGAGGAGAGCUUCGAGAGCGAGAUAUGCAAGGACAAGGAUGCGGGCGAAUGGUUCAGAUUGGUGGCGGGGGAGGGCGACAAUUGCAGGGACGUGAUCCAGUGCACGAGUUCCGGGCUGCAGGCGAUCAGGUGCCCGGCUGGGCUGUACUUCGACAUCGACAAGCAGACCUGCGACUGGAAGGACUCGGUGAACAACUGCAAGCUGAAGAACAAGGAGAGGAAGGCGAAACCGCUGCUCUACACCGAGGAACCGCUGUGCCAGGAUGGCUACCUCGCUUGCGGCGACGGCACCUGCAUCGAGAGAGGCCUGUUCUGCAACGGGGAGAAGGACUGCACCGACGGAUCCGAUGAGAACAUAUGCGACAUGGACAACGACCCGAACAGAGCGCCCCCCUGCGACCCGUCCGUGUGCGUCCUGCCCGACUGCUUCUGCUCGGAGGACGGCACCACGAUCCCCGGCGACCUGCCGCCCAAGGACGUGCCGCAGAUGAUCACCAUCACGUUCGACGACGCCAUCAACAACAACAACAUCGGCCUUUACAAGGAGAUCUUCAACGGGAAACGCAAGAACCCGAACGGUUGCGACAUCAAGGCCACCUUCUUCGUCUCUCACAAGUACACCAACUACUCGGCCGUCCAGGAAAUGCACAGGAAGGGGCACGAGAUCGCCGUCCACUCCAUCUCUCACAACGACGACGAGCGUUUCUGGUCGGACGCCACGGUGGACGACUGGGCCAAGGAAAUGGCAGGGAUGAGGAUCAUCGCCGAGAAAUUCGCCAAUUUGACGGACAACAGCGUGGUCGGCGUGAGGGCCCCUUACCUCAGAGUCGGCGGGAACAACCAGUUCACCAUGAUGGAGGAGCAAGCGUUCCUCUACGACUCCACCAUCACGGCUGCCCUCAACAACCCCCCGCUCUGGCCCUACACCAUGUACUUCAGAAUGCCGCACCGUUGCCACGGCAACCUUCAACACUGCCCCACCAGGUCGCACGCCGUUUGGGAGAUGGUGAUGAACGAGCUGGAUCGCCGCGAGGAUCCCCAGAACGACGAGUACCUGCCCGGCUGCGCGAUGGUCGACUCGUGCAGCAACAUCCUGACCGGGGACCAAUUCUACAACUUCCUCAACCACAACUUCGACCGCCACUACGAGCAGAACAGGGCCCCGCUGGGCCUCUACUUCCACGCAGCCUGGCUCAAGAACAAUCCCGAGUUCUUGGACGCGUUCCUCUACUGGAUAGACGAGGUCCUCUCGAACCACAACGACGUCUACUUCGUGACCAUGACCCAGGUGAUCCAGUGGAUCCAGAAUCCGCGCACGAUAACGGAGUCGAAGAGUUUCGAGCCGUGGAAGGAGAAGUGCGUGGUCGACGGGCCGCCCGCUUGCUGGGUGCCCCACACUUGCAAGCUCACCUCCAAAGAGGUGCCCGGGGAGACCAUCAAUCUUCAGACGUGCGUCCGUUGCCCCAACAAUUAUCCCUGGGUGAACGAUCCGACCGGCGACGGCUUCUUCUAGAGAUUCCUCCUCCUCCUCCUCUUCCAGGCGUUCCCGUUCCCUCCUCCUUUCCUCCCUUUCCCCUCUCUCUCUCGUCUAAGUCAACGAAAGAACCCCCUCGAUCCCUCCCCCUCGAGGCCGUCCCCUCCUCCCCUCCUCUGCCCCCUCGACCCUCGCACGUCCUUGCCCGUCCCCGCACGCAUCGAGCGAGGACGGACGACCUCCUCGCCGGGACGAUUCUUUCCUUUUCUUUCUUUUUCUUCUCUUCUUUUUCGUCGAGUACACAGGGUAACCGCGCGAACGUGAGUAAAUCAUGCAUACGGGGGGAUAUUGGGGGGAGGGGGACGCGUGUAACGCGGAGAGGGUUGGAGAAGGUUGGAGGAGUAUCGAGUUGGGGACGAUGCGAAAGCAACCCCGUCGCGUCGAAUCAACGAUCUGUGAUAAGUUUCGAACGGUUUCGAGAUUCCAGCGACGACGAGAUCUUUUUUUUUAUUCUCUUUAUUAUUAUUGUUGUUGUUGUUCUCUCUCUCUCUCCUCUUCUCCCUAACCAGACGACGAUUUCUAUCUGCCAUCUUUGAAAUCUUGGAGAGAGAGAAAGAGAGAGAGAGAGAGAUCACGCGAAGGAGCGAUAAGAAAAAGAAAGAAACGAGGGCAAAAGAAAAAUGUGAGAAUGUGUAAUAUGAACGACGUGUUUUCCCUGAAAGGAAAAAAGAAACAAGGAAACCUUGUCGGAGACGGACGAGUAACGGUGGAUGAUGGAAGGAUUUGGAAGAUCUUUCGGGGGGUCUUUCUUCUCCAUGACGAAAAGAGAGAAAAAAAAAAAAAAGAAAGAAAAAAAAUAUGUACGUCGACGACCGCCAAAACACGACCCGCGAAGAGAACAACGACCGGCGGACAUACCCUUAUUUUUCUAAGGGUAUCGAGUCAAAUCUUUUAUAUAUAUAUAAAUAAAUAAAUAAAUAUAUAUAUAUAUAUAUAAAUAUAAAUAAUAUCGUGUAUAUGUAUAUUUUUAAAGCUAAGUAAUAUCAUCAUUUUCACCAUCCUCGAUGGGAACAUUUAAUAAAAGAGAAACCAGCGGAAACCACCA